UUCCACAAACUACCCCUACUCCCGCCUCUUACAGAUGCUUACUCAUCGAGGAUGAACUCGACCUUUCGGAAAAUCUCUUCUUCUCCUGCCUCCGUCCAUUUAAAUUCUGAGCUUCCAUACCUUUUCCUCUGCAGAAUAAUCAUUUUACUAUUUUGCCCUUACUCCAUACCUACCCUCAUCACCACCAGAUCUAUCGUAGCUCUCAACUUUCAUUAGGGUUUCCUUUCCGACAGUUUCCAAUCGCUUUCUCCUGAUCGGAUUCAGCAAUAUCCUUACGCAUUCACCAACCUCUGAUUUUCGCGAGCCGUAGACCCCCAGAUCCUCUACUUUGAUAUCGGAAUAGCUCAUCUCCAAUUGCAUUCGCAUACAACCGAAUUAAUUACCUCGCCCGGCGAUAUAUUCGAAGCCGUUGACUUAAUUCGGAGUUUAUUGGGGGUGAAGCGGAUUUGACUGUGUUUUUAGUAUUUGGACAUGUUGGGAACCGGGUUGAAGUUCGAGCGAGCCCGCGGAGAGGACCGGUUUUACAAUCCGGCGAAAGCGCGUAGGGCACUCCAGCGCAGGGAGCAACUUCGGAGAGCCAGAGUGACGUCACGGCCAAACCGGGCCGGGUCCGACGAGCCUCCCAAGCCAGUCGCCGUGCCAGCAUUCGAGCUCGUGGUGGUUCCGCAGCUGAGUAACCUCGAGCGGUUCUUGCAAGCGAUCACGCCCUCCGUGCCGGCUCAGUAUCUCUCUAAGAGGACAAUGAGGGGCUUUAGGACUUGUGAUGUAGAGUUUCGGCCUUAUUUUGUGCUCGGUGAUCUAUGGGAGUCUUUUAGGGAGUGGAGUGCUUACGGUGCCGGAGUGCCUUUAAUAUUGAAUGACAGCGACUGUGUUGUUCAGUACUAUGUUCCGUAUUUGUCCGGCAUACAGAUAUAUGGCAAGCCCACGAAGUCAUCUACAAAGUCCAGGCGACCAGGUGAGCAUAGUGAUUGUGAGUCCAGAGAUUCAAGUAGUGAUGGUUGCAGUGAUUGUGAGCCUGAAAGAGGAUUAAAGUAUGUACGGGAGCAACGGAGUCAUCACCAUCUAUCUAGUGAGAUUGCUCUUAGGAUGGAUAGAUUGUUUUUAAGGGACCAACAUACUGAACUUCAGGAAGACUUUUCUAGUGAUGAGGGGGAAUCUGUGAAUUCUCAAGGUUCCCUGCUUUUUGAGUAUUUUGAACGGGACUUGCCUUCUAGCCGUGAACCCUUAGCUGACAAGGUAUCAGAUCUUGCCUGCCGUUUUCCUGAGCUGAAAACACUAAGAAGUUGUGAUCUGUCUUCCAGCUGGAUUUCUGUGGCAUGGUAUCCGAUUUACAGAAUACCCACAGGGCCAACAUUAAAAGAUCUGGAUGCUUGCUUUCUGACGUAUCAUUCUCUUCAUACACCUGUGGAAGGUGCACCAGGUGGACAGGCUCCAAUGGUGACAUAUCCCAGUGAGGUGGAUGGUGCCUCUAAGAUGACCUUACCAGUUUUUGGUUUGGCCUCAUACAAGUUCAAAGGAUCCUUGUGGACGCCUAAUGGGGGAUUUGAGCGCCAAUUGGCAAACUCCCUUUUGCAGGCAGCUGACAACUGGUUAAGACAGCUUCAGGUCAAUCAUCCAGAUUUCCUGUUUUUCUGCCGCCGGUAGUAAGUUUUGACAUAACUGUUAUCCUCCUGUCUCGGCCGACUAAUAUAUUCUGCCAUCCAUGCGUGGGCCGGCUGUGGAAAACCCCUUUAUGUGGAUCUCAAGAUUGGAAGUUUAGUUAAUUAUCCUCUGGUUUGGUUUAUGUAUUUUCUAUAAGAAGGAAAAAUGAUAUAUAUAAAGAAAGCAUAAAACAGUAAAGGCUGUGGAAUUUGGAGCACCAGUAAUAAGGCUAGGGCUAAUGGAGAGAGAACUAUAGAGCAAGGUUCAGUUGCAGAAGGCCUAGCUCCAAACUUCCGAUCGAGGUUACUGGUGGUUUGGUUUGCUAUUUGCAUCAUCAGUAUAAGCAAGCCCCAUUCCACAUGUACUUUUGAACGUCAAUCCAGCCAAGGCUAAAUUAUGAGAUUCCAGGCUCUUUUUGUUGUCCUGAUGAUUUGUCCUAGAAUGUACUUUUAUUUAUUUGGGGAUUUUGAUAGGUUAUGUAUGUGUUAUUGUCAGGCUGCCCGAGUUGUUUAUUUGAAUGCUAAUCAGCCCAAGAUGUGUAUUUGAAUGCUAAUUAUUAUGUUCUUCAACUGCUUCGACUGAGGAACUUUGUAAUUUCUUUUAUAUCAUUCAACUAAAUGCUUGCUGGAGAUGUUUCUGAAUGUUAA